GGCCGGAAAUAUUGCAAACUGCCCUGGCAACCGAACGCGUGACUAGCGACGCCGAGCUUAGCAUCCUAUCGUCUUUGAAAAUUUGAAACAGUAGUCAUGCCGCUGCUUAUCAAAGACUACACAUGGACUCAAACGGAAUCUAUGAUCUAUAUAACUGUACCUCUAAAAGAAGCAAGAGCUGGAAAAGUUGAUAUACUUUCUGCAGAUGAAUAUCUUAAGGUUAGCGCCCCCCCAUUCUUGUUCGAAGCUUUUCUUAGUGCGCCAGUAGACGACAGCAAAAGCGCAGCAAAGAUUGGGGACGGAGAAAUUGUCUUCACCCUGCAUAAAAGAGAAGGGGCCAUCUGGGAGCAUCUCGUUUUACAAAAUGUUGAAAAAGAGAAUCUUCAAAAUAUUAGGCAAAAUGCCAUUUUAAAAGCCCAAGAAAAUGCCUUAAAAGAAGCAGAAGCAAAGGCUGCCAAGAAGAAAGCCAAUGAAAAAUAUGCAUUGGAGACCAUAAUGAAGAUAGAGGAGGACCAAAGGAAAAAGAUUGAGGAAAUCAAAGAAGUGGAGCGACGCAGAGCAGCAGAAGAGCUGGAGCGCUGGAAGGAGAAGCAGAGGAUAGAAGCCGAGCACAAAGUAGCCCAGCAGAAGCUGGAGAGGCAGAAGCUGGAAGCAGAAAAAAGAAACACAAAUGGAGUAAAGGAUCUGCCGAAAUCGGACACUCAAACUGGGACCAAAACAGCUCAGUCCAAGAAGCCAUUGGUGGUAUCCUUGCCUCCUCCUCGAUCUGCAGGCACAAUCCAAAUCAACUUUACACCUCGUGUGUUUCCUACAGCUCUACGAGAAUCUCUGGUGCCUGAAGAAGAAGAAUGGCUUAAAAAACAAGCAGAUGCUGGGAAAGCAUUAAAUAAUGAUCUGUCAGAACUGAAGGAUCUUACAGAAGAGGAGAAAAAUCCAGAAUGGCUAAAAGAGAAGGGAAACAAAUUAUUUGCAUCACAGAACUAUCUUGCUGCAGUGAAUGCCUACAACCUGGCUAUUAAACUGAACAGUAAACUCCCAUCCCUGUUUCUAAAUCGUGCUGCAUGUCACCUCAAACUGAGAAAUCUACACAAAGCAAUUGAAGAUUCCUCCAGGGCCCUUGAGUUGUUAACGCCACCAGUUCCUGAUAAUUCAGAAUCCAGAGUGAAAGCCCACAUUAGACGUGGAACAGCUUUCUGUGAAUUAGAAUUGUAUGUAGAAGGUCUGCAGGAUUAUGAUGCCGCUCUUAAAAUCAAUCCACAUAAUAAAACCGUGGCUGCGGAUGCCGAAAAGAUCAGGCAGGUCAUUCAAGGAACGGUACCCAGCUCCUAACAAAAGUAAAUGAGUGACUGAUCUAAAAAAAAUAUAAUAAUUUCUCAUUUGUGUGAGAUUUUUUGUUGCCGUUGACUUGUUGGUCCAUCAGAUAUUUCAUAUUUUCAUGGUUACCUCGUUUAUUUAAACAUGCUACUACUUUAAAUCACUAGCAAUAAAAUGCAGAUUUAGGCUUUUUUAGAGAAAGCAUAUUUAUUUUAGGCUGGUAUGAUCCUCUAGUGACUAUGGCAGUGGUUCUCAAGGGGGUAUGAAAAAUUCUUAUGAAACUGGGAGUGGGGUUGAGGUUACAAUGCCAUCUGUAAUGGAGUCAGUGUUGCUGUAUGUAACUGCUUUUUGCUAGAAUGAAAAUGACUCCACAGCAUUGAAGUGUAAAAUGCAAACACUACUAAUGCAUGUUAUGAGAAUUACUAUUUAUGAACAGAGUGACUGGGGUUCAAGUUAGGUGACCUUAUUGGCCUGUCCAUUAAUAGCCGUACACUUUCCAUUAAAGGGCUAUUUCUUGCUAAUGUCUUUCUUUGCAGGCAGCAUGGAGGCUCAGUAGCUAGGACUAGAUUAGAUUAGAAUAAAUAAAGUUUAUUAGAAAUUCAGGUGCGUACAGCAGGAGAAACAUAAAAAAAGAAGGAUACAGACUCACAAGACAAAUAAUACUGCCAGUCGAUCAAUUAAUAAAUAAGUAAAUAAAAAUAAUAAUCACAAAUGCAUUGGGAGGAAGCAUUGAAUUGCCUGACAGCAGUGGGUAGAAAAGACCCCCAGAAACGCUUCUUAGCACACCUUAGUGGAAAGAGCCUGAGGAUUAAAGUGCUCCAAGAGAGAGAGCGCCUCCUGGAAGGGAUAUUUCAUGAUGCCUUCCAAUUUUGCCGUCAUCCUCUUUUUUUUUUUUUCCCACAACAGCUUCCAUUGUGUCCAGGGUUCAUCCCAUGAUGGAAGCAGGCUUUCCUGAUAAGUUUGUUCAGGCAUUUGUGCUUCUUUUGAGCUCAAUUAGAUUCUCCAGGAGACCCCUGCAUAGAACACCACGCUGGCUACUAAGGACUGGUAGAACAUCCAAAGACCGGAGUCUCCUUAGCAAGUUCAGUCUGCUCUGGCCCUUCUUGUACAGCACCACUGUGUUGUCGGGCACAAAA